GUGCAAAGCGGUAGAAAACGCUAAGGAUUCGUUCUAUCUAAUCCCCUUACUUCUGGGAGAUUCGAAAUCAGUGUCCCACACACCAGCCACACGGUACAGUCGCAGUUAGUGCUACGCCAGCUUUGAAAAGGAAAUUCAUUGGUUUUUUCUUUCCGCCGCAGCUCUAUUAGAGGUGUAAGAUGCCUUUCACACCCGUGGAACAAGCCAAAUGCCCCAAAUGCGGGAAAUCCGUCUACGCCGCUGAAGAGAUGCUGGCCGCUGGAGCCAAGUGGCACAAAACCUGCUUCAACUGUGGUCUGUGCCGCAAAAGGUUAGACAGCACCAAUGCCACCGAACACGCUGGCGAACUGUACUGCAAGCAGUGCUACGGCAGGAAAUUCGGACCCAAGGGAUACGGAUUCGGUGGUGGCGCUGGAUGCCUGAGCAUGGACAAAGGAGAACAAUUCGGAAACACAGAAUGUGCAAUGAGCAACAAGCCCACAUUGGACCCAACUUAUGGUUAAACCACCCACUCACUAAUUUAUUCUGUAUAGAACUUUCUCUGGGUGAUCUGCAAAACUCGUUCCGAAAAAAGAAAAAAUACCAGCUGAAAAAUGUGCUUAUCAAGUUAAACGAAGAAUCACAACUUUUUUGUUACUUAGAAUUCGUCUCAUUUUGUUGUUUUCAAUUAAUAAAAGAAGAACUUCCGAAGAUAUUAACAAAGAAACUGCGCAAUACGAUUCCGACAAUGCCACCGCAUCUAGUUUUUUUGCUAUUUCUAAACAACAGCUUAUGUUUCUUGGAUAUGCUCUGUGUUACUACAGUACCGGUUAUCCUGGACAAAGGUGUUAAUUUCUGAAAAGCAAGUGUUGACGUGUUUACUUUUCAAGUUUGUUGAGCAGCAAAUCAAAUAGCAAUUUUGUAAUUAUUUCGUUACUGAAAUGUUCCGAGGAUUCAUUAUUAGGAUAUUGUUUGUUUAGUGGAAAUUUUAUUUUCAACUCUGUCGAUGUUCCUAGUUUUAUGUAAGUUAUACUAGGAUGGUUCAAAGGGAAAUGCUGAUAUCGGUGCUGUGUAUCUCAAGUCCAUGUUUUCAAUAAAUUACACUUUCGAAAUUA